AUGGCAUCUCUUUCUGAUGAUACCUUGCGCAAGAUCUUGCUGCAAAUUCAGCAAACUGCAGUCCAGUCGCAGAGGGCACUGAAUGUUUCAAUGCAACAGACCUCUGUCAAAGAACGCGAGCGUAGAAUUCUUCAGUUGACUAUUGAUGAAAUAAGUCAAAUGAAAGGCGAUGUUAAUCUUUACAAAGGUGUUGGAAAGAUGUUUAUGCAUGUUCCUCGAGACGUAAUGGAGGGAGAACUAAAAGCACAAGAAAAAGAACUUUCUGACGAUAUCACCAGUCUAAACAAGAAGUCAAAAUACCUCGAGAAACAAUUUAAUGACGCCCAGGCUCAACUGCGAGAUAUUUUCCAUCAUGCACCUAAGCAGUAA